UUGAACGCAACAUUGACCUCAAAGGUUACAAACCGUCUCGUGGAUGCAACAUUAGCGCUUCGACAUGCUAGCUAGCUCACGUAAAGUUAAAUGACAAGUUUUUUGCUUUAGCUAGUUGUUGCUAGCUGGCUAAUGAAAACACGUCCACAGCCGUGUUUCUAAGAUAGCCGUUUAACUGUGUUUAACCGCUUAUACCAACUCAACGUGCGUGACUUCAAAAUGGUUGAGGACGACGUCCAGUUGCUGAAUAUCCUCGAGGGAAAACGUGUCAAACUGACCCUCAAGAAUUCAUCUUUCCUUGGCGUCGUCCAGCGUAUCAAUCCCAACAAAACGUUGAUUUUGGCGGACGUUAGUGGCAGUAAUGGCUGUACAUUUCCUGGCUCAAAAAUGUUCUUCGGGCAUGAGAUCCUGAAUGUGGAAUUUACCAGUGGAGCAAACGCUGACACUGGAAAUGUCAAUGAACACAGCCUGAAAGAGCAUUUGAAUGUGGAAAAGUUUCAACCAUACAGGAAGACAAUUACAUUGGAUGGUGAUGAAGAUGAAAAGGAGUACAUCAACUUUGUAGUCAUUGAUGAGUUUCAUGAGAAGUUUGGGUCUGCUGUGAUGCACAUCAAGAAGCAGGAUGUGAUAGGUGUGGUCGCUGAUGGAGUCGAGGUAUUUAAGCAUGGGAGACUGUGUUGGCUGCAGAUUGCCACUAAAAACAGGGUGUACCUGUUUGAUAUCCUUUUACUUGGAGCUCAAGCCUUUAAGAACGGUCUUUCCAUGAUCCUGGAAAAUAGACACAUACUGAAGGUCAUUCAUGACUGCAGAGCCCUUGCUGGAUGUCUGAUUGCUCAGUAUGGAGUAAAACUAACCAACGUCUUUGAUACGCAGGUGGCAGAUGUCAUGUGCUUCUACUCCAGCUCAGGAGGUCUCCUUCCCGACAGAGUCAGUACUCUGCAAGAGGUGGUGAGUCUCCACCUGAAGGUGCCCUCCUCCCAGCUCUUAACCCUUCUGAUGAAGUCACAGUUCACCAAGGAAGAAAGGGAGAUGCUCUACAAGCGGCCCUGUCCUGUCCCCAUGCUUAAGGUGAUGGCUCUGUCAGGGAUCCACCUUCAGCCUCUCAGACUGGUGCUGCUGGAUACUCUCAUGACAGACUACAUGACCCUGGUGGAUUCAUACAUCAACAGCAGCCACUACCAGCCUGAUGAAUUGGAACAUUUCAGCAUGGAGAGUGUGUUGGAGUUGCCCAGAGAGCUCAGGAAUCUGGAGCAAAUGCGUCGUAAGCGGCAGGAGUGGGCUGCCGAACACUACCCCGUCACAGAGCAAGGUCUGCUGGCUCGCUUCAACCCUCGAACUCAGUCUCCAUCCCAGACCUCACCUGCAGCAGAGGAGCACGGCCAAAAGCAGGCAGAUUCCUUUGAACCCUCUACUCCUUUACAAGCGGACCCUCUCCUUCACAAGCCACUUAUGAGCCCUCCGAGAUUCAACAAUGUUUCCCCUGACCCAGCAGCUCAGGCUCCAGUCCAAGACCCUGGGAAACAAAUGUCUUUUAACAGUCCCCUGUCUCUAGGUGUAGGCAGAGGGCGCACGGAGGUACUGACAGACACAAUGGGUGGAGGAAGGCCCUUUGGGAAAGAGCAGUCGUCCAUCCUGGCCCUACCUGCCAUAGGAAGAGGCUUCCUUCUACAAAUAUCACAAGAUCAGAUCCCCAGAGAAAGCAUGGGGGAUAUGAUGACCCCUGGUAGGAUGGUGACGGCUCCUUCAUGCCCCAACCAAGAGGUGAAGCCCCUGCCUGGCCCCAGUGCUAAUGACCUGCCAAGGGACACUUUUGGCAUGACAGGAGAACAUUUUACAUCGACACCCGAGUCCCUCUUACCUUCACUCAUGCAGUCAUUCAGGUCUUUCAGAUCUUAAAGGAAAAGCCAUAUAAGGAUAUGUAUAAAGAUGUAUGCUGUUCCAUUGUUUGUGACCAGUAGAUGGCAGUAAAUAUUCUGUUUUGUGCAGAGGUUUGUUUGAUGCCAGGUGUUUGGAGAAACUUUCUUUAGUUGUUUGGACGUUGCAUACCAGUUCACUUAACUAUAUUUUUUAUUGUUUUGUGACUAAACGUAUGCCUGUCUGUUCCUUUUUUAUUUGUGUUGUAUGUCAAGCAUUUUGCCUCAUAAACAUCUCCACAUGCGCAUUAAACCAUAAUAUACUAAG